AUGAAUUCAACACAUGAAAAUAAUUAUUUUUUUUCAGUUAAAAUAUGCGUUGUGGGAAAUCCAAAAGAAAAAAUAACACAUUCGACAAAAUAUUGUAAUUUGCUGGAAAAAUCUAAAAAUACUGUCGUGUCAUGCGUUUAUAAACCCAACAGAUUGGAAUGUUUAAGAUCAAUUUCAAUGCGUGAAUCUGAUUUUUCCGUUUUCCAUCCGGAAGAUUUAUAUUUUUCAACAUUGUUAAAAGAAAAUUCCAUACUGGUUGCCGGUGAGAUAAGAGGAAUCAAGGAAAAUCCAUAUCAUCAUGAAAACGUUGUGGUUGUUAGAAAAGAUAGUAACAUAACAUCAAUAAAAGAUUUGAUGGGUAAAAAACUUUGUCAUCCUGGAACGGAAAAUGGUCCCGAAUGGUCAUACAUAUUUUCACAGUAUUUUGAAGAAAGGGUGUCACCGUCAGAAUGCAACGAAGGUAACACCGUUUACGAAGAUCGGAUAAAAGCAACAUCAAAUUUUUUUAAAUCCGCUUGUAAAGCUGGUCCUUGGGUCGUUGAUUCUGUGCAAGAUGAUAUACUUAAGAAAAAAUAUAAAAAUUUAUGCGAAUUGUGCGAAAAUGGCGUCGGUGAUGUUUUAUGGGCUAAAUAUGAGAAUGUUAAAGCUCACUUAAGUCAUAAUUCGGAUAAUAGUAAUGAUGACGUAUCUAAUUAUAAUUUAUUAUGCGACGAUGGAAGAGUUGAGCCAUUUACGACGAAUUCACCUUGUUUUUGGUUGGCAAAACCGUGGAAGGUAAUCGGCGCGAAUUCGAAAUCCGUUAACGGCGUACAAAAAAUAAUGAAAAGUUUACAAAAUGUCAUACUCGACGAAUGGAAAGAAAAUUUAUUACACGUUAUUGAACUUUAUUUGCAAUACGUUGAGAAUUUAGUUGUGCCGAAAACUCCUGAAGAUUAUUUGAAAACUGUACCCGGUUAUUUGAGUGCGAGUGCCAUUAGCGAAAGAAAUUGCAAACAUUCCAUUAAAUUAUGCGUUUCAUCGAAUUUAGAAUUAAUUAAAUGCGAAUGGAUGUCGAAAGCGAGUUCCGCAUUAGGAAUACAACCUUUGAUACAAUGCGUAGAAAAUAAAAAUAUGUCCGAGUGUCAAAAUUCCGUUUCUCAAAUGAAAACAGAUGUAAUGAUCGUGUCACCAGAUAAUUUUUACGAAACCAAAACGAAGUUUAAUUUGAAAACUUUGAUUAUGGAAAUGGGUAAACACUUUAAUGAAUCACAUUUAAUUUCAGCCGUUGUCGAUAAAAAUUCUUCGAUAAAAAAAUUUUCGGAUUUAAAAAAGAAAAAAGCUUGCUUUUUGAAAAAAAAUGGAGUCGGAUGGAUUGGCGCAUUGACUGUACUUCGAAAAAAAAAAUUUAUUAAAUCCGAAUGUGACGAUGAAAGAGGAUUAUUAAAAUUUUUCGGUGAUGUUUGCGUUCAAGUGAAAAAAAAUGAAAAUGAUACGGAUUUUAAAAGGUGUGAUAAUUCUGAAUGUGAUUGGAUGUGGAGCUCUUCAAAUUAUUUAAUGGUUAGUUCUAAAAUACCCGAUUACAAAUCACAAGAAAUAUAUAGCGUUUUUUAUAAAAUCGGUGAAAAAUUUGGUAGAAAUUCAAUAAAAAAUAAUCAAAUGUUUAAAAUUUUUGGUACUUUUAACGGAGUCAGUAACGUAAUGUUUCAGAAAAUUGGAACAAAUCUAAUAGUUUCAAUAAUGCAAUAA